AUGGGUUCUCCGAUGCCCCUCGAGGGGCGAAGUUUGGCAAUUUUUGUCGUUUCAGUCGUGAUGAUGGUCGUGUCUUUCAUCACAGUCUCCCUGAGAACUUUCGUGCGCGCAUAUAUCGUACGGGCGUUUGGUUGGGAUGACACUUUGAUGGUCGCAGCAUUGGUUCUCUUCCUCACAUUGGGAACAUGCUGUUUGAUUGGCUCGAUGAAUGGCAUUGGCCAUUCGCAACGCGAUUUCAAAAGUCUGGAAGUAUAUAAGAAGGCACUUACUUGGUGGUGGCUGGGUCAAAUGCUGUACCUAUGGGCAUCCGCUGUCGCGAAAAUAUCUAUUGCUCUUGCAUUACUUCGGUUGACAGUUAAAAGGAUCCAUCGCAUGAUUCUUUGGGGAAUAAUUGGUCUUGUGAUUGUAAUUGGUCUUAUGUUCUGGCUCAUUUUGCUUCUCGACUGCCAACCGAUCUCUUACUUCUGGGAUCGGGUGGAUCCAACGGCCUCAGGGACAUGUCUAGCCGUCGACGUUUUACUUGGUAUCGCCUAUCUUUACAGCUGCUUGACGAUUAUUUGCGAUUUUACACUGGGUAUUCUGCCUAUUAUCCUGGUCUGGAAUCUGCAGAUGAAUCGUAGGACAAAGAUUGCAGUUGGUGGCAUUCUUAGCAUGGGGGCAGUUGCGAGUGUGGCUGUGGUGAUCCGACUGCCAUUUUUACGAUAUUAUGCAGACUCCGAUUUCCUGUACUCCACCUAUCAAAUUGCCAUUUGGUCUAUUAUUGAAACAGGUCUUGGAAUUGCGGCGGGCAGUCUUAUUACACUUCGUCCCUUAUUCCGUUGGCUGCUGGAUGGAAGCAUGUCCUACGGUCGGAAUGCACGAAGCCCCGGCAAGAGCUCUGGCAACUACCCCCUCUCUAGUCUCAAAAGCGAUCGGUUGAAAGGUAGCAAUGAUCCAAGCUAUUGGCGGCCUGACAUCGACCGCGACAGUGGCAAGGGAGUGAUCAACAAUACCGUUUCCUCGCCCCGGUCGCACGACUUUACAGACGGGAACAGCAGCCAGGAGGCCUUAUAUCCAGAACUCCGGCCGGUAACAUCUCACAACGGACACGCCGGGGUGACCGUGAAAAAGACCUUUGUACAAGUAGUCGAAGAACGAUAG